ACAAAAGGGCCGAGUACACCCCGUAGAAGGCGUGAGCCACUUUGUGACAUCUUUGUGGUUUCUUUUAUAAUCGAAGAAGUGAAACACCGCUGUUGAAGUGUAGUCUUUACAGUGUAUGGUGUAGUCAUAUGUUUGCUGGACCGGUUUGGGUAUGUAUUCGCCUCUGGACAAAGUCUUCCAAUCCGGAAGACAGAAGGUUUUGACACUUGUAUGGGAUCAAACAGGUAUUGAUUGAAACAGGACAUUAUCAUAAACUGACAGAUGUCAAUGAUCAGAAACACUGUUUUAAUAAGCCUCCAUAUACGGUAUCUGUAAGCUGCGCACUGGUAAGGAUACAGAUUACUUUCAAAUGUUCAAUUGUUUGUUUAUAGAACUAAAUGUAGUGAAUACAAGCUUUAAUUUGUGUUACAGUUCACAGGGUGCCAGAAUGACUGAAUCCCCUGUCCGUGUCAUCGUGGUGGGAGCUGGCAUGAGAGGGGAGAUCUACUGCAACUUUGCAUCCAUGCACCCUGAACGCGUUAAGGUUGUUGCAGUAGCUGAUCCAAGGAAAUUUGCUUGCACUAAACUUCAACAGCAACACAAAAUUGUAGAUGAAAACAUAUUUGAGGACUGGCCAGGUUUAGUAGAAAGAGAGAAGUUUGCUGAUGCUGUGUUAAUUUGUACACCAGACAGCCUUCAUAAGGAACCUGCAGUUGCAUUUGCAAAGAAGGGCUACCACAUCCUGCUGGAGAAACCAAUGGCAACAACUGCUGAAGACUGCAGGGCGAUUGUGAAGGCUUGCACUGAGAGUGGCGUGAUGCUCUCAGUGGGUCAUGUUCUCCGGUAUGAUCCUGUCAUCCACAAGAUUAAGGAGCUUAUAGACGCUGGAGUAAUAGGUGAUGUGAUGCACAUUCAGCACUUUGAGCCGGUUGGGUAUUAUCACUUUGCUCACUCAUAUGUUCGGGGGAACUGGAGGAAUGAAGCGGAGAGCUCUUUUGCUCUUUUGGCUAAAUCGUGCCAUGACAUCGACCUAAUACAUCACUGGGCCGGAGCACGCAGAUGUCUGAAAGUGUCAUCAUUUGGAUCUGUCAGCCACUUUGGAAAAGAAAGCAAGCCAAAAGGUGCUGGAAAUCGCUGCCUGGAUUGUUCGAUAGAGAGUACCUGUCCAUACUCUGCAUGCAAAAUCUACCUGGAUAGAGUGAAAAGCGGUCACACUGGCUGGCCUGUAUCAGUCAUUUGUCCGAGCUCGUUCCCAGACAUCGAGUCAGUCACCGAGGCCUUGAAGACUGGACCAUAUGGCCGCUGUGUCUAUGAGUGUGACAAUGAUGUCUGCAGUAACCAGGUUGUUAAUAUGGAGUUUGAAGGGGGUCUGACGGCAGCUUUUUCCAUGGUGGCGUUCACUGAGGAGAUAUGCAAGCGAAAAACAACCAUAUAUGGCAGCAAGGGGGAGCUGUCAUGUGACCGCCAUGAAGUACGUGUGUUUGACUUCCUGACCCAAAGAUCCACAAAGCACACGGCCAACAAUAACGUCCCCAUGGCCUUUAGCACAAGUGGACAUGGCGUAGCAGACUACAACCUGAUGAAUGCCUUUAUUUCUGCUGUGGAAAACAACGAUCCCUCCCUGAUCCGCUCGGGUCCUGAGGAGACGCUGCUGAGCCAUUUGCUGGUGUUUGAAGCGGAGCGUUCGAGGCUGGAGAGCAGGGUGGUGGACUGUGGGGACAUUGGUCAGAGCGAGACGCCUGACAAACACCGACAUUAAAAUGAUGUCAGCUUAGAAAUUAAACACUAUGAUGAAGGUUAGCUGAAAUCUGUCCAGGGAGACUCUUUAUGCUCUCAUUUAUUCUCUCUCUGUCUAUUCUACUCAAUCAUCACUUCACUCUUUUAAGUUAAGCCAAUCAACAGAACUGGGGGACAAAACGUGUAUUGUAUUGAGGCUGACUGUUUUUAUUGCUCAGGGAUUUUAAAACUGUGUGUUUGUGUGUGUGGGUGAGUGAGUGGGUUAACUUGUUGAGUUUUUAAAUAUUAAGUACAUUAAUAUUAAGAACAUGAUUUGUUUGUCCUGUAAUCAUUUCUUUGCCCAGGUACUGUUCAUUCAUUCUAAUAAAAUGUAUAAUAAAACUUUCUACAUCUGUAUAAU